CGGCCGCCUUGCGGCGCGUGCGAGGGCCGUCCGCCAGGCGCCUGGCCAGCGCGCCGAUGGCGUCGUGCCGGCCGCGCUCGCCCGCGCGCGCGGCGCCGCCAGUGGGCGCACCGCCGCCGCGCCUGCCCAGGAUGGCGCUUGCCAAGGCCGCUGGGCGCCGCGGGGCCUCGCCUGCCGACUCGUGGGCAAGUUCGUCCACGGCGGCCAGCGCCGGCCGCAGCGGCGAGGGGAGGAGACAAGCUCCUCCGGCAGCGACGACGAGCUCGAGCCCCUGCCGGAGCCGGCGCCGUCAGACUGCCAGGGGCCCGCCUCCGUCGGCGCGAGGGAUGUGCCCUGGGAGCAGGUGCCGCCGGGGCGCGGGCCCAGAAGCUCCUGGCGCUGCGGAGCAGGGGCGUGACCACCGUCACGCGGCCCCGCCCUGCGCGGCGCCUCGCUCCGCCCACGGCCGGGCCGACGUGCAGGGGCCCUCGGCCGUGUGGACGGAGGUCUCGGGCCGCCUGGCGGCGGCGCUGCAGCGAGUCGCGGACGACUGCGAGGAGGGCCCGGGCCAGGCCCAGGGCCCCGCGCGGGGCCCUCUGGCCGUGCCAGGCCCGCGUGCGGGGGCGCAUCGCUCCGCCCAUGGCCAGGCCCGCGUGCAGGGGUCUCUGGCCAUGGAGGUGGCGGCCCGCCUGGCCGCAGCGCUGGAGCGGGUGGCGAACGACUGCGAGGAGGACUGCCCGUGA